UUAAAUCUCGUUUCUCCCUUCUCUCUCUAAAACUAUCUCUCUCUCUCUCUAUAAAUAUGGGAAACUCCCUACGUUUGUUUGCAACUUUCUUCCUUGUAGCUAUGCUGCUUUUGGCCACUGGACCAACAACAAGUGUAGAAGCAAGGACUUGUGAGUCGAAGAGCCACCAUUUCAAGGGGAAAUGUCUUAGCGAUACCAAUUGCGGUUCCGUUUGCCAUACCGAAGGGUUUACGGGUGGCAACUGUCGUGGCUUACGCCAACGUUGCUUCUGCACCCGAAACUGUUAAUAGAAGAAAAUGAUCUUUUCAGAACUAUCGCUUUAAAAGUGUAUGCUCUAUCAAUAAAACGCGUACUCUCAUAUAUAUGGUUGUACGUUAUGUUGUUUUAUUUUCUUUGUUAAAUAUUUUGUAUUUGAUAUGUAUUGGCUUGAUAAAUUCAGACUCGCAUUACAAUAAUAAUAAUAAUA